AUGGUCACCCUCGCCAGCCAGCCCGUCACCCGCUCGCGCACCUCGCUCUUCCUCUCGUACCGCGACUCGGCCGCCCGCCCCACCCCGUCGACCCCGUUCACCCGCUACACGUACGACGACGACGACUUGGGGGACGAAGAGGCCGGCCUCAUCGGCGGCAACCAGCUCCGCACCCCGGCCAUCCCGCAACGCGCUCCACACGACGACGCUCUCCCUCCUCGCUGGGUCGACGAGGCCGACCAGGUCGACUCGCUCGUGCGCCAGGUCAAGCCAAAGAUCGCCCACCUCGACAAGCUCCACGCCAAGCACCUCUUGCCCGGCUUCAAGGACCGCUCGGCCGAGGAGCGCGAGAUCCAAGCCCUCGCCACCUCCAUCACCUCGGACUUUCGCGCGUGCCAGGCCCACAUCCGCCGCAUCGCCGUCCAGUCGCAGCAGCUCCUCGCGUCGCGUCCUCGAGAUGCCGCACACGCCGAGGUCAAGCGCAUCGACCUCGUCAUGGCCGCCAACGUCCAGACGGCCCUCGCCACAAAGGUGCAGGCCCUCAGCACCGUCUUUCGCAAGAACCAGGCCGAGUACCUCCGUCAGCUGCGCGGCAACGAGUCCAAGGCGGUUGAGCUGCAGAACCGCGCGACGACCGUCUACGACCCACUUGUCGCCCUCGCCGAGGACGAGCAGGCGUCCCGCUCGGCCCUCUCGUCGAGCUCCUCCCCCUCGGCCGGCGCGUCGACGCCCUCGCUCGCCCAGCAGCAGUUCUUCGCUUCGCAUCAGUCGUCCUCGUCGUCGACCGCAGCCGCCGACCAACGCUCGACCGAGAUCGCGUCGAUCGCCCAGUCGAUUGCCGACCUCGCCGACCUGUUCAAGGACCUGAGCUCGCUCGUCAUCGACCAGGGCACGCUCCUCGACCGCGUCGACUGGAACGUCGAGGUCAUGAGCACCGAGGUGAGGGGCGCGGCGCAGGAGCUGAGAGAGGCGACGAGGUACCAGCGCCGCUCGGGCAAGUGCCAGCUCAUCUUCCUCCUCGUCCUCCUCGUCAUCGCCGCCUUUGUCGUCCUCCUCUUCCGCCCUCCUCGCGUCCUGCGCUCGACCUCGACCUCGGGCGGCGGUGCGCUGGCGGCGGGCGGCGGCGACGGCCGCGCGACGACGGAGCAGGUUGCGCAGGCGAUCAGCGACGAGCUCGGCGCGCGACGGCGUGCGCUCGAGGCGCUCGAGGGCCUGGGCGGGCGCGCAGAGGGCGCCGCGGCGAGCGAGUACGGGUGGAGCCGGAGAGUCGAGCGGGCGGCGGCGCGAGAGCAGGUGCCGCCGAGGACGAGCGAGGGGAGCGUGCGCUCGAUAGCGACGAGCGGCGACGAGGUGACCCGGGAGGCGGUGAGCGCGUGGAGGAGCCGGCGGCGAAGAGCGGGGCAGCAGGGUGCUCGGGUCGACGUCGAGCGGCGGGAGCGAGGGCGACGAGGGCCGGCGGGAGGUUGAGCUCCUCGCGUGCAACGACGAGCGGUUCAUCUCUCUGCG